UGUUCGCCCAAAAUGCAACCCGACGCUUUCAACCCCUCAUCCCUCUCUCCCCCGCCGCGUAUCUCUCUCUCUCUAAUUUCUUUUUCCAAUGGCAGGAUAUCCUCCUGGCCCUGGCUACCCCCACAGCGUACCGUCGGCUCCUCCCUAUGCCGCUGCAACCCAGCCCUACGGCGGCGCGCCACCUCAGCCCUACGGCGGCGCACCACCUCAGCCCUACGGCGGCGCACCACCUCAGCCCUACGGCGGCGCACCACCUCAGCCCUACGGCGGCGCACCACCUCAGCCCUACGGCGGCGCACCACCUCAGCCCUACGGCGGCGCACCACCUCAGCCCUACGGCGGCGCACCACCUCAGCCCUACGGCGGCGCACCACCU